ACACAUGCGCUAAGUGCGGGGCCAACGCCAAGUGCAGCAAGGAUGGGUCAGGGGUUGCAUCCUGCUCCUGUAACGAUGGAUUCGACAUGCUUGCCAAUGGCACUUGUUCUGAUGUUGUCUGCUUGGCUUUGGGUUGCUCGCCGGGUGGGACUUGUCUGAAGCAGAUGGGCACGAACGUGCGCUACUGCAAAUGGGACUCGCCGUGUGGCAAUUGCCCCAUGGGAGCCACCUGCAAGACCACACCUUCCAAGGCAGGCAACCCGAUUCCAUACUGCGUGUGUCCUGACGGCUAUGGCAUGACCCAAGAUGCCUGCAUUGAAGGCGGCAAGUCUACAGUGGGAGCAGCGAGCAUAACGCUCAUCCAGGAUCCCAAGGCUCUGGACAAGGCAUCCCGGCCGUACACCGUGCGCGCCAACCUGGAUGGGUGCACGGAUCUUCCCAAGGAGGUGGCUGGAAACUACAAGACACGAUACGGCGUGUACAAUAUGAAUGGCACGCUGCGGUGCAACACUUUCCAGCUCUGGGCGGGCAGCAACUGUUCUGGGAAACUUGUGUCUGCGGGGCCUCUUUCAACCGUUUCUUACUGUACAGUCUUCACCAA